AUGUCCCUAAUAGUCACGUUGUUCAUGGUGACAUUGGUUGCCCAGUGCUGGAGUGCACCACAGCGGAGAAACUGGACUCCUCAGGCCAUCUUAUACCUAAAAGGAGCACAGGGACAUCGUUCAGUGGUGCAGCGCACCAGCAGAGAAGAAGGGGACACCUUACAUAUAGUGACUCACAGUCAGCGCAGUGAUGGACCUGGUCUGUCUUUGUCGUCCAUUCUUCUGGAGCAUCUGCAGCGAGCUGUGGAAGAAGGUGGAGACAUUUCAGAUAAUUACCCAGAUGAACAAGAGCUGAAUUUGAACUAUUUGUGA